AUGGCCUCGACCCCACCGACUUCCUCCUCCUCGUCUUCACCUCCCGCUGCCUCUGCACCGACUGACAGCAGCUACGAACCCAUUUUCCACUCUCUAGCGCCACACUCCCGUGUGUUUCCACUGCACAGCGCCAAUGUCGCCACUCUCCGAACCCCCAGUCACUUUUACCACCAAUUAUUGCACAAUAUCCGCCAUGCCGAGCACCGCGUAUCUAUUGCUUCGCUCUACAUGGGUACAGGUCCGCUGGAAGCCACAAUAAUUGAGGCCUUGGCCAGUCGGUUACGAGCUCGACCAGAGCUUCAGGUUCAAAUCGUACUCGACUACGCCCGAGGUCAACGGAGUUCGAACCCCUCCGCUGCCACUUCCGUGACGCUCUUAACGCCAUUACUCGCGGCUUUUCCACACAAUGUCCAGCUCUUUCUCUUUCGCGUGCCGCAGCUCUCGUCAUUGGCGGCGACGCUUCUGUCGUCGCCUUUAAAUGAGACACUUGGUGUCUGUCAUGCCAAAGUUUAUCUCGUGGACGACACGCUCGUGCUCAGUGGCGCCAACUUGAGUGCCGACUACUUCACCAAUCGACAAGAUCGGUACGUGCAGCUCCGUGAUUCGAACGAGCUCAGUCAGUUCUAUCAUGACUUUGUCAAAGUCGUCACGGCAUUUGCCUACCAGGUGAAACUCGAGCCGUCGUUGAAAGGAAGAGCCACUGGACGAGGAUCGAGUCAAGUUUCUCAUUAUCACCUCGUGCCGCCGGAACUCGCGUACGACUCGGACGAAGCUAAAGGAGCUCUAAAACAGGCACUGGAGCAGUUGGUGGACCCGACCAAGCACGCGAAGCAGAUGCUCGGAUCGGCAGUUGUCGAUGCUUGGGCGAUCCCGACGCUGCAGUUUACUCCUGUUUCUAUGAACCAUGACAAGCAAGUUAUGAAGACGUUGGUGAAGACGUUACCGCGGGACUCGCAGCUACAGAUUGCCUCGGGCUAUCUGAACUUCCCGCCAUUUUUAAGGGACUUGCUGAUGACAUGUGACGCUGAUUUGGAUGUGAUCUUAGCGGCCCCUCAAGCCAAUGGAUUUUAUAAUGCUCGUGGUGUAAAAGGCGCUUUGCCCAUGGCGUAUUCACUCAUUGAGCAAGAUUUUUUCGAGCGAACACUUGGCCGCAAUUUUCCGACGGUAGUGCGCGAAUUUAAUCGUCCUGGCUGGACUUUUCACGGCAAAGGCAUGUGGUGGCGACCACGCCUGCGCCAUUCGCAUGAGAAUGAGUUUGGGCUACCUCAAGUCACAGUUGUUGGAAGCUCGAACUUUGGCCAGCGGUCUUAUGGUUGCGACUUGGAGUCGAACUUGGUGAUGUUUACGCGAAACCCAGUGCUCCAGCGCCAUCUGCAAGAUGAGUACGAUGCUCUUACUCGUGACGCAGAGGUGGUGACCGAGCACCUUUGGCGACGACCCGAGCGCAUGCUACAGCGUCUAUUCAGCUGGAAAGACGGCUACUGGAUCCGACCUGUGUCCAAGUUCAUCGCCGCGUACCUCUGA